AUGAAGCACGCUAGUUUGGACCACUUCAUACCAAUUGAGGCUAGUCGGUUGGUGAUUCCAGGGUUUGAUGGGUUGGUGUUCCUAAGGAAUACCGUUUUGCUAAUUUUCCACGGUCCAGCCGGUAAGAGAAACUGGUAUGAAAGAUUGGAUAUUACAAAUAACAUCACAAUUAAUUGUGGGACCCUUUUGACGUUCCAGGAUUUAAUGAACGAAAUGAAUGGGAUCAUGGAGAACUAUGACAGUGGGAUGGUUUUGCGUCUGAUUAUAAUUGAAGAUUUAUCUAGUUUUUACUGGGAAUUCAAGUCAAGACACUAUCAAGAAAUCUUUAGCAUGAUUGAUAAACUACGAAAUAAAUAUGGGAUCAAUAUCAUAAUAACCAAUUGGAAUAAUAAUUAUGAAAGAGGAUAUAAUUAUAAGUUGAAACCAAGUGGCACUCCAAACAAUUUGAAUGAUGUUACUUUUGUAAAUAAUGAAUUUAUUAAAAAACUUGAUUAUGUUGGGUAUAUAAAUAAUGAUAAUCAAUCAUAUCUAUAUUUAAAUAAUUGGAAAUUACUAAGUCAAUAA